AUGGUGGGUAGUGGUAAAGUUGGUACCUUUUGGGUUUCAGCUUCAGUUGCCACAGCUGAGAAGCUGUCAAUGCCACCGAAGAUUGUGUUGCAACCCAUCAAAGAUAUCUCCGGUACUAUCAUGUUGUCGGGGUCUAAAUCGCUGUCGAAUCGAAUUCUGCUUCUGGCUGCUCUCUCUGAGCUGAUCUUGUUCAUGUGCAUUGUGGAGCCAUUUAGAAGAAGUGAGUUGAUUCAAGUCAAAGAUGAUAUUCAUUACAUGAUUGGUGCAUUGAGAACCCUAGGAAUUAGUGUGUUAGAAGACAAGGCAAUAAAAAGAGCAAUUGUGGAAGGUUGUGGCGGUCUCCUUCCAGUGGGUAAAGAAUCCAGGGAUGAAGUACAACUUUUCCUUGGAAAUUUUGGAACCGCAAUGUGGCCAUUGACAGCUGCAGGUGGAAAUUCUAGCUACAUACUUGAUGGAAUGCCCCGAAUGAGAGAGAGACCAAUUGGACAUUUAGUUGAUGGUCUUAAGCAGCUUGGUGCUGAUGUUGACUAUUUUCUUGGCACAAAAUGUCUCCCUGUAUGUGUAUUCGGGAAUGGGGGUCUUCCAAGGGAUAAGGUAAAGCUCUCUGGAUCAACUAGUAGUGUAUUCUUGACUGCUUUGAUCAUGGCUGCUCCUUUGGCUCUUGGAGAUGUUGAAAUUGAAAUCAUCGACAGGUUGAUUUCCACUCCUUAUGUUGAGAUGACAUUGAAGCUGGUGGAACGGUUUAGGAUCUCCAUAGAACACAAAGAUAGCUUGGAUCGGUUCUUGAUUCGUGGAGGUCAAAAGUACAAGUCUCCUAGAAAUGCUUAUGUUGAAGGUGAUGCUUCAAGUGCUAGUUACUUCUUAGCUUGUGCAGCAGUCACUUGUGGGACAGUUACUAUUGAAGGUUGUGGGACAAGCAGUUUGCAGGGAGACGUAAAAUUUGCGGAAGUUCUUGAGAAGAUGGGUGCUAGGGUUACCUGGUUAGAGACUAGUGUCACAAUCACUGGACCACCUCAAGAUUCUUCCAAAAGAAAACACUAG